GCCUUCUGCACAAAAAAUUAAAAAAAAUAAAAAAAUCUCAGGAUCACUUUUCAAACAUAACAACAGAUAACGAUUCAUCGGAUCCAGCGAAGGCUGUGGCGGAGCAGAAUCGCUCACCUCUCGCUACCACAAAUUCAGGCCCAACUCCGCCAGGGACUAAACCCCUUUCCACAAAUCCAAACCUUAACUCGCAAACGGCACAGAAAUCUCAAAUCAGUCUGCUCGAUCCACCGAAGCUCCUCAAUCGGCGUGCGACAAUGUGACGCGCUUUCUUCCUCUUCGCAUCUUCUCUCUCUAUCUGCGGAAAGUCCCUGAUUGACACGGCUCUUUAUAUAUUAGAUCACCACGCCGAAACUGUAGCUUAUAAAGUGACGGAAAUGCCCUUGGAGUGGUGACGUGGCAUACUAGGACUGGGGGGCGGGGGAGGCGGAGAUUUGAGAACCAUGGACGGGAUAUGCUGGGGUCGGGUCGUCGCUUCGUCUAUAUCUCGAGUCGUCUCUGCCUCCUGCCCUAUAACACUUGCUGCUGUUGCUCUGAGUCGCCUCGUCUCUCGACCCGGUGCUGGAACGAGUCCGACUCGGCCUGCCGGUUGACGCCGCCAUGGACGCCUUGGAUUCUUCGCGAGCUUUCGUCAAAGACGUGAAGCGUGUGAUCGUCAAGGUUGGGACUGCUGUUGUUAGUCAACCUGAUGGAAGACUAGCACUUGGAAGACUUGGUGCCCUUUGUGAGCAGCUCAAAGAAAUGAACUCUGAUGGAUAUGAAGUUAUCUUGGUGACAUCUGGUGCUGUGGGUGUUGGUCGCCAAAGGCUUCGGUAUAGGCGAUUAAUCAAUAGCAGCUUUGCUGAUCUUCAAAAACCACAAGUUGAAAUUGAUGGAAAGGCAUGUGCGGCUGUUGGACAGAAUGGACUCAUGGCUCUCUAUGAUACAUUGUUUAGCCAGCUGGACGUGACGUCAUCUCAGCUUCUUGUGACUGAUAAGGAUUUUAGGGAUUCAAAUUUCAGGAUGCAACUUUCUGAAACAGUGAAAUCACUGCUAGCUCUGAAAGUUAUUCCUAUAUUUAAUGAAAAUGAUGCCGUCAGUACCAGGAAAGCCCCAUAUGAGGAUUCUUCUGGUAUAUUUUGGGAUAAUGAUAGCUUGGCAGCUUUAUUGGCUCUAGAGUUAAAAGCUGACCUCCUUGUUCUGUUGAGUGAUGUUGAGGGCCUCUAUAGUGGCCCGCCUAGCGAUCCUCAUUCAAAGCUAAUUCAUACAUACAUUAAGGAAAGGCAUGAAGGAGAAAUUACUUUUGGAGACAAAUCUAGGGUGGGAAGGGGAGGUAUGACUGCCAAAGUGAAAGCUGCUGUUUAUGCAGCCCAGGCUGGCAUCCCUGUUGUUAUCACCAGUGGCUAUGCUACUGGCGAUAUCAUAAAAGUACUUAAAGGAGAGCGCGUUGGUACCCUAUUUCAUCGAGAUUCACAUUUAUGGGAUGCUCCACUUAAAGAAGUUAGUGCACGUGAGAUGGCAGUUGCCGCAAGGGAUAGUUCCAGACGGCUUCAGGCCAUGUCAUCCCAAGAUAGGAGAAAAAUUUUGCUGGAUAUAGCUGAUGCGCUGGAAGCUAAUGAAGAAUUUAUCAAAAUGGAAAAUGAAGCCGAUGUUGCUGACGCAAAACAAGCUGGAUAUGAACAAUCAUUGAUAUCUCGGUUGGCUCUAAAGCCUGGGAAGAUUUUAGGUCUUGCGAACUCUAUUCGUGUGCUUGCGAACAUGAAAGAACCAAUUGGUCAUAUAUUGAAGAAAACAGAGCUGGCAGAUGGGCUCAUCCUGGAGAAGACUUCAUCUCCUUUAGGUGUUCUCUUGAUUAUCUUUGAGUCUCGACCAGAUGCACUAGUUCAGAUAGCUUCAUUAGCGAUCAGAAGUGGGAAUGGGCUUCUCUUGAAAGGGGGAAAAGAGGCCAGGCGAUCUAAUGCGAUCUUGCACAAGGUCAUCAUUUCAGCUAUCCCAGACAAUGUUGGCGGAAGGCUCAUUGGAUUGGUGACUUCAAGGGAUGAAAUCCCAGAUCUUCUCAAGCUUGAUGAUGUCAUUGAUCUUGUUAUUCCAAGAGGCAGUAAUAAACUUGUUUCUCAAAUCAAGGAAUCAACAAAAAUUCCUGUUCUGGGUCAUGCAGAUGGAAUAUGUCAUGUUUAUGUUGAUAAGGCUGCUGAUAUGAAUAUGGCAAAGCGCAUUGUUUUGGAUGCAAAAAUAGAUUAUCCAGCAGCCUGUAAUGCAAUGGAAACACUUCUUGUACACAAGGAUUUGGUUGAGAUUGGUGGGCUCAACGACCUUAUUGUAGAUCUUCGUAUUGAAGGUGUUACUUUGUAUGGUGGGCCAAAAGUUAGUUCCUCGCUAAAUAUUCCAGAGGCACACUCAUUUCAUCAUGAGUACAAUUCAAUGUCUUGCACUGUUGAAAUUGUGGAUGAUGUCUAUGCUGCCAUUGAUCAUAUACAUAGUCAUGGAAGUGCACAUACAGACUGCAUUGUAACAGAAGACCAUGAAGCUGCAGAGGUCUUUCUUCAUCAACUUGACAGUGCUGCUGUGUUUCACAAUGCGAGCACAAGAUUUUGUGAUGGAGCUCGCUUUGGACUGGGGGCAGAGGUUGGGAUAAGUACAAGCAGGAUUCAUGCUCGAGGUCCAGUAGGUGUUGAGGGAUUGUUAACGACUAGAUGCACCGUCACACCAGAGUCAGAGUUCCUCGCAGAGUCCCAGGCCGCAGCACUCCCUUCCCUCGCAGGCCGCAGCACUCACUUUCCCUCGCAGCCUGCAGCACUCGCUCUCGUUCAGUCCCUCCUGCCUCUGCGGCCAGCGCCUCACCCUCAUGAGUCACAACCUCACCCCACAAUCCUCACCCUGCCCUCUCCCUAUCCUUUCCCUCUCCCUCGGACCUCAGUUGGCACUCUGCAGCCUUUGACCAGUGAAACCAGUUGCCAGAUCUGCAUAAAAACGCUGGGAGUCCAGGACACAGGCUCCAGAAGAGGGAAGCCUAGUGAAUGAGGAAGCCCCGUUUAUUGGGGCUGUUUCGUUUUUUUUUUUUUUAAAUUUUUUUUUGAAACUACAAAACUGGGGUUCAAUGAUCUGUUAUGUAAUUUUUUGGGCUUUAAAUUUUUAAAGUAAAUAAAUUAUAUUUUUUAAACGGGUAACUCGUGAUCCGCCUGUUUAUUAAACAGGCAGGUUAGGGUUUACAUGAUUGUGACUCGUUUAAGACCUGCCCGGACCCGGCCCGUGAACUCCUUUUCCCACCCCUACUAAUAUAUAAAUGUUCAAACAAAAUAUAAUUGUUUACAAUUGUUUGCAAGCUUUCUUCCUUCAUUAUGGAAUGAUAGGAAAUUAGGUGAGUUUUAUAGGCAUUUUCUUCCCUUUAUUUAUUAUUUUUUUAUGUACGUAGAGGGGCCUUGGGGUGCACAUUGGGGUAGACCCACCCCCAUGCCAUAUUCCUACAACCCCACCCCAUCUCAUUUUGGAAUUGAACCAUGAUAAUCAGAUGAGAUGCGUAGGCAUUUUCAUUGUUGUGAAAUUUGACUGAUUGAAAGAGCUUUCCAAUAUUUUGCUUAAACCAGUCAGGUUUCGCUCUCAAGUAGCAGGAGCAAGCACACGAGAGGGGUAGGGAUUUAAGAUUGAGAGCACCUAUAGGGGGUGUUUGGUUUGCAGCAUCUUUCGAUGUUCCUCCAUAGCAUAUCAUUUCUGCCUUUCUUCGGGCGCUAGAAUCAUAUGUGGCAGGCAUCUUAACAUUCUUGGGCAUCCCAU